GCAGGAGGAGGAGCGCGGGGCGGGCGCGCCUGCUGGCUGCCUGGCUCCGAGAGAGCCGCGCCGCGGGGAGAAGGAGGAAGCGAAAGCAGCAGCCGGGCGAGAGCCAGGGGAGGGAACCGCUCUGCCGCGCCCCGUAACAGCUUCUUUUGCUGAAGAUGUCUAAUAAUGGUGUUGAAGCCGAAGACAAGCCUCCAGCCCCUCCAAUGAGAAAUACCAGCACUAUGAUUGGAUCUGGAAGCAAAGACAUUGGGACUUUAAACCAUGGGUCAAAACCUUUGCCUCCCAACCCUGAAGAAAAGAAAAAGAGAGACCGAUUUUACCGAUCUAUAUUGCCAGGAGAUAAAACCAAUAAAAAGAAGGAGAAAGAACGCCCAGAAAUUUCCCUCCCUUCGGAUUUUGAACACACAAUUCAUGUUGGAUUUGAUGCUGUCACAGGAGAAUUCACGGGUAUGCCAGAGCAGUGGGCUCGGUUAUUGCAGACGUCCAACAUCACCAAAUCGGAGCAGAAGAAAAAUCCCCAGGCCGUGCUCGACGUGCUAGAAUUCUACAAUUCCAAAAAGACCUCCAACAGUCAGAAGUACAUGAGUUUCACAGAUAAAUCUGCAGAGGAGUACAGUUCAUCAAAUACAUUGAAUGUGAAGGCUGUAUCCGAGACUCCUGCAGUACCGCCAGUUUCAGAAGAUGAAGAUGACGAGGAUGAUGCUGCUCCACCCCCAGUGAUAGCUCCACGACCUGAACACACAAAAUCAGUAUACACCCGUUCUGUGAUAGAGCCCCUUCCACCACCUCCUACCAGAGAUGUGGCCACCUCGCCUAUCUCUUCACCCUCUGAAAACAACACAACAUCCCCUGACACAAUGACCAGAAAUACAGAGAAACAGAAGAAAAAGCCGAAGAUGUCAGAUGAAGAAAUCUUGGAAAAAUUAAGAAGUAUCGUGAGCGUGGGUGACCCCAAAAAGAAAUACACACGGUUUGAGAAGAUCGGACAAGGCGCGUCAGGAACAGUUUAUACUGCAAUGGAUGUAGCUACAGGACAAGAGGUUGCAAUCAAACAGAUGAAUUUGCAACAGCAGCCCAAGAAAGAACUUAUAAUUAAUGAAAUCCUUGUAAUGAGGGAAAACAAAAACCCCAACAUUGUCAACUACUUGGACAGUUACCUUGUAGGAGAUGAACUGUGGGUAGUUAUGGAGUAUUUGGCAGGCGGCUCCCUGACGGAUGUUGUAACAGAGACCUGCAUGGAUGAAGGACAAAUAGCAGCUGUGUGUCGAGAGUGUCUUCAGGCUCUGGAAUUCCUGCAUUCAAGCCAAGUUAUUCACAGAGACAUCAAGAGCGACAACAUUCUACUAGGAAUGGACGGCUCCGUCAAACUAACUGACUUUGGUUUCUGUGCCCAAAUAACACCAGAGCAGAGCAAACGCAGCACCAUGGUGGGGACACCGUACUGGAUGGCUCCUGAAGUGGUGACGCGGAAAGCUUAUGGGCCGAAAGUGGACAUCUGGUCUCUGGGAAUCAUGGCUAUUGAAAUGAUUGAGGGAGAACCUCCUUACCUCAAUGAGAACCCUCUGAGAGCCCUGUAUCUCAUUGCUACCAAUGGUACUCCAGAGCUGCAGAACCCUGAGAAGCUUUCAGCCAUAUUUCGAGACUUCCUUAACCGCUGUCUCGAGAUGGAUGUAGAGAAAAGAGGCUCUGCCAAAGAACUGCUACAGCACCAGUUCCUGAAAAUUGCGAAGCCCCUUUCUAGUCUCACUCCUUUGAUUAUUGCCGCAAAAGAGGCAGCGAAGAACAACCACUAACGCGGAACCAUCAUAGUCAUCGUGCCAAGUCUUUUCAAUGUUCAUUUCAGACCCUGAAUACCUGCCUUCCCGCUCCUUGGGGGUGCCCAAAACUUUGAUCCUCUGAGAGUGGGCCACAGAAGUAGUGUUUGUUGAAUGUUAAAGGAGGCAUUGCUGAUCUAAAGCCGUGAACAGCCUUCUCACCCUCUCGGUGGGAGAAGACUAUUUUGUAUGGUUGACAAGGUCUUUGUGAGAACCUCUGAGCCUGAUGUAGCAAAGCCAGUUUGAUUUCAUAUCUCUUAAUGUGUUUGUUUUUUAACGUAAGUGUGGAGCCUUAGACCAUGUUUAUCUUAAUCAAUUAAAUCUCUCGCUGGCUGCAUUUUCCCUGCCUCUGCCCAGCUCAGUUGUUACACUACUGAAACUCCUGCAUGCUUCGGGUUACUUGAAGAAUGGAGCAGCCAGCAGAAAUCUGAACAGCUUUAAUAACGGAAAAGAGGGCUGCAGGAGUAUGCAGCACCCAGACACUUCCUCAGUGCUGCCGGACGCCUUGACAGAGAGAGCUGAAAUAUUCUAAAUGAACUUUCUGCAACCAUCGGAGGAUUUAAUUCAUGGAUCACCUUUGUGCUACGUCUUGUGAAUCAGCCUCUGAUUAAAAGAUCCUCUUUCUGUUUUCAUCUCA